UCCCUUUCCCCUCCAUCUCUCUCUCUCGCUCCUCUCUCUCUAUCUAUGUUCAUGCAAGUUUAAUUGAAGGUGGAUCAACCCUGUCAUUCAGACAGAUUUUUCAGAGCUCUUGUACAACAGAUCCCACUGCCAGCUGAAUCAGUUUAUCAGAACGAGCCCUCCUGCCACAAAGCCAUGAAGAUGCAUCUUUUCAUCACAUUGUGUCUGCUGGUGGUGCAAGGUUUAUCCUCAGAAGUGGAAGUGAACGAAUUGACUUCUUCCUGUCAAACAAAAGAGAAAAUUCUAAUGAUGGACUGCAACUAUACUGUCUCAAAUACAUCCAAAGCGCUGACUUGCGAGUACAGACAAGAAGACAAAGUGAUCGGCAGUACGGAUCCCAAAGUUGCAGUGGACCCCACCUUCAAGAACCACGCUAAUGUAACUUUGUUGGAUGGAAAUGUGUGUCGCCUCCUCUUGAUGGGAUUCUCUGAAGACACGCCCAAAAACUAUACCUGCAUCAUCACCCAGGGCGAAACUGCAAACAAGACUGUGGUUGUGGACUGCAUGGUGCAAGGUUUAUCCUCAGAAGUGGAAGUGAACGAAUUGACUUCUUCCUGUCAAACAAAAGAGAAAAUUCUAAUGAUGGACUGCAACUAUACUGUCUCAAAUACAUCCAAAGCGCUGACUUGCGAGUACAGACAAGAAGACAAAGUGAUCGGCAGUACAGAUCCCAAAGUUGCAGUGGACCCCACCUUCAAGAACCACGCUAAUGUAACUUUGUUGGAUGGAAAUGUGUGUCGCCUCCUCUUGAUGGGAUUCUCUGAAGACACGCCCAAAAACUAUACCUGCAUCAUCACCCAGGGCGAAACUGCAAACAAGACUGUGGUUGUGGACAGCAUGGUGCAAGGUUUAUCCUCAGAAGUGGAAGUGAACGAAUUGACUUCUUCCUGUCAAACAAAAGAGAAAAUUCUAAUGAUGGACUGCAACUAUACUGUCUCAAAUACAUCCAAAGCGCUGACUUGCGAGUACAGACAAGAAGACAAAGUGAUCGGCAGUACAGAUCCCAAAGUUGCAGUGGACCCCACCUUCAAGAGCCACGCUAAUGUAUCUUUGUUGGAUGGAAAUGUGUGUCGCCUCCUCUUGACGGGAUUCUCUGGAGACAAGCCCAAAAACUAUACCUGCAUCAUCACCCAGGGCGAAACUGCAAACAAGACUGCGGUUGUGGACAGCAUGGUGCAAUGUUUAUCCUCAAAAGUGGAAGUGAACGAAUUGACUUCUUCCUGUCAAACAAAAGAGAAAAUUCUAAGGAUGGACUGCAACUAUACUGUCCCAGAUACAUCCAAAGCGCUGACUUGCGAGUACAGACAAGAAGACAAAGUGAUCGGCAGUACAGAUCCCAAAGUUGCAGUGUACCCCACCUUCAAGAACCACGCUAAUGUAACUUUGUUGGAUGGAAAUGUGUGUCGCCUCCUCUUGACGGGAUUCUCUGGAGACAAGCCCAAAAACUAUACCUGCAUCAUCACCCAGGGCGAAACUGCAAACAAGACUGCGGUUGUGGACAGCAUGGUGCAAUGUUUAUCCUCAAAAGUGGAAGUGAACGAAUUGACUUCUUCCUGUCAAACAAAAGAGAAAAUUCUAAGGAUGGACUGUAACUAUACUGUCCCAGAUACAUCCAAAGCGCUGACUUGCGAGUACAGACAAGAAGACAAAGUGAUCGGCAGUACAGAUCCCAAAGUUGCAGUGGACCCCACCUUCAAGAACCACGCUAAUGUAUCUUUGUUGGAUGGAAAUGUGUGUCGCCUCCUCUUGACGGGAUUCUCUGAAGACACGCCCAAAAACUAUACCUGCAUCAUCACCCAGGGCGAAACUGCAAACAAGACUGCGGUUGUGGACAGCAUGGUGCAAUGUUUAUCCUCAAAAGUGGAAGUGAACGAAUUGACUUCUUCCUGUCAAACAAAAGAGAAAAUUCUAAUGAUGGACUGCAACUAUACUGUCUCAAAUACAUCCAAAGCGCUGACUUGCGAGUACAGACAAGAAGACAAAGUGAUCGGCAGUACAGAUCCCAAAGUUGCAGUGGACCCCACCUUCAAGAGCCACGCUAAUGUAUCUUUGUUGGAUGGAAAUGUGUGUCGCCUCCUCUUGACGGGAUUCUCUGGAGACAAGCCCAAAAACUAUACCUGCAUCAUCACCCAGGGCGAAACUGCAAACAAGACUGCGGUUGUGGACAGCAUGGUGCAAUGUUUAUCCUCAAAAGUGGAAGUGAACGAAUUGACUUCUUCCUGUCAAACAAAAGAGAAAAUUCUAAGGAUGGACUGCAACUAUACUGUCCCAGACACAUCCAAAGCGCUGACUUGCGAGUACAGACAAGAAGACAAAGUGAUCGGCAGUACAGAUCCCAAAGUUGCAGUGGACCCCACCUUCAAGAACCACGCUAAUGUAACUUUGUUGGAUGGAAAUGUGUGUCGCCUCCUCUUGACGGGAUUCUCUGAAGACAUGCCCAAAAACUAUACCUGCAUCAUCACCCAGGGCGAAACUGCAAACAAGACUGCGGUUGUGGACAGCAUGGUGCAAUGUUUAUCCUCAAAAGUGGAAGUGAACGAAUUGACUUCUUCCUGUCAAACAAAAGAGAAAAUUCUAAGGAUGGACUGUAACUAUACUGUCCCAGAUACAUCCAAAGCGCUGACUUGCGAGUACAGACAAGAAGACAAAGUGAUCGGCAGUACAGAUCCCAAAGUUGCAGUGGACCCCACCUUCAAGAACCACGCUAAUGUAACUUUGUUGGAUGGAAAUGUGUGUCGCCUCCUCUUGACGGGAUUCUCUGGAGACAAGCCCAAAAACUAUACCUGCAUCAUCACCCAGGGCGAAACUGCAAACAAGACUGUGGUUGUGGACAGCAUGGUGCAAUGUUUAUCCUCAAAAGUGGAAGUGAACGAAUUGACUUCUUCCUGUCAAACAAAAGAGAAAAUUCUAAGGAUGGACUGCAACUAUACUGUCCCAGAUACAUCCAAAGCGCUGACUUGCGAGUACAGACAAGAAGGGAAAGUGAUCGGCAGUACAGAUCCCAAAGUUGCAGUGGACCCCACCUUCAAGAACCACGCUAAUGUAUCUUUGUUGGAUGGAAAUGUGUGUCGCCUCCUCUUGACGGGAUUCUCUGAAGACAUGCCCAAAAACUAUACCUGCAUCAUCACCCAGGGCGAAACUGCAAACAAGACUGCGGUUGUGGACAGCAUGGUGCAAUGUUUAUCCUCAAAAGUGGAAGUGAACGAAUUGACUUCUUCCUGUCAAACAAAAGAGAAAAUUCUAAGGAUGGACUGUAACUAUACUGUCCCAGAUACAUCCAAAGCGCUGACUUGCGAGUACAGACAAGAAGACAAAGUGAUCGGCAGUACAGAUCCCAAAGUUGCAGUGGACCCCACCUUCAAGAACCACGCUAAUGUAUCUUUGUUGGAUGGAAAUGUGUGUCGCCUCCUCUUGACGGGAUUCUCUGAAGACACGCCCAAAAACUAUACCUGCAUCAUCACCCAGGGCGAAACUGCAAACAAGACUGCGGUUGUGGACAGCAUGGUGCAAUGUUUAUCCUCAAAAGUGGAAGUGAACGAAUUGACUUCUUCCUGUCAAACAAAAGAGAAAAUUCUAAGGAUGGACUGCAACUAUACUGUCCCAGAUACAUCCAAAGCGCUGACUUGCGAGUACAGACAAGAAGACAAAGUGAUCGGCAGUACAGAUCCCAAAGUUGCAGUGGACCCCACCUUCAAGAACCACGCUAAUGUAUCUUUGUUGGAUGGAAAUGUGUGUCGCCUCCUCUUGACGGGAUUCUCUGAAGACACGCCCAAAAACUAUACCUGCAUCAUCACCCAGGGCGAAACUGCAAACAAGACUGCGGUUGUGGACAGCAUGGUGCAAUGUUUAUCCUCAAAAGUGGAAGUGAACGAAUUGACUUCUUCCUGUCAAACAAAAGAGAAAAUUCUAAGGAUGGACUGCAACUAUACUGUCCCAGACACAUCCAAAGCGCUGACUUGCGAGUACAGACAAGAAGACAAAGUGAUCGGCAGUACAGAUCCCAAAGUUGCAGUGGACCCCACCUUCAAGAACCACGCUAAUGUAACUUUGUUGGAUGGAAAUGUGUGUCGCCUCCUCUUGACGGGAUUCUCUGGAGACAAGCCCAAAAACUAUACCUGCAUCAUCACCCAGGGCGAAACUGCAAACAAGACUGCGGUUGUGGACAGCAUGGUGCAAUGUUUUUCCUCAAAAGUGGAAGUGAACGAAUUGACUUCUUCCUGUCAAACAAAAGAGAAAAUUCUAAGGAUGGACUGCAACUAUACUGUCCCAGAUACAUCCAAAGCGCUGACUUGCGAGUACAGACAAGAAGACAAAGUGAUCGGCAGUACAGAUCCCAAAGUUGCAGUGGACCCCACCUUCAAGAACCACGCUAAUGUAUCUUUGUUGGAUGGAAAUGUGUGUCGCCUCCUCUUGACGGGAUUCUCUGAAGACAUGCCCAAAAACUAUACCUGCAUCAUCACCCAGGGCGAAACUGCAAACAAGACUGUGGUUGUGGACAACAUGGUGCAAUGUUUAUCCUCAAAAGUGGAAGUGAACGAAUUGACUUCUUCCUGUCAAACAAAAGAGAAAAUUCUAAGGAUGGACUGCAACUAUACUGUCCCAGAUACAUCCAAAGCACCGACUUGCGAGUACAGACAAGAAGGCAAAGUGAUUGGCAGUACGGAUCCCAAAGUUGCAGUUGAAUCAACCUUCAAGAACCGCGCCAAUGUAUUCUUGCUGGAUGGAAAUGUGUGUCGCCUCCUCUUGACGGGGUUCUCUGGAGACAAGCCCAAAAGCUAUACCUGCAUCAUCACCCAGGGCAAAACUGCAAGCAAGACUGUGGUUGUGGACGGCAAGAUGCAAUGUUUUUCCACACAAGUGGAAGUGAAAGAAUUGGCUUCCUGUAAAACAAAAGACAAAAAUCUAAGGAUGGACUGCAAGUAUACUGUCCCAAAUACAUCCAAAGCGCUGACUUGCGAGUACAGACAAGAAGGCAAAGUGAUUGGCAGCACGGAUCCCAAAGCUGCAGUUGAAUCAACCUUCAAGAACCGCGUCAGUGUGACCUUGCUGAAUGGAAAUGUGUGUCGCCUCCGCUUGACGGGAUUCUCUGAAAACAAGCCCAAAAACCAUACCUGCAUCAUCACACAGGGCACAAGUGCAAGGAAGUCUGUGGUUGUGAACAGCAAAACUCUGAUUCCCUGUUCUGCCAUCAGCGUGCUGUUCCAGACGAGCCCUGCAGUGCUGCUAACGCUGCUCCCUGUGCUGCUGGAAAUAUGGCAUUUGUGAAGCGGUGGAGUGCGGAAGGCAUGAAAUCACUAGCUUUAUUUGAAUCGGGCCUUUAAAUCCGUUUUAUUUGAAUCAGGCCUUUAAAUCCGUUUUAUUUGAAUCAGGCCUUUAAAUCCGUUUUAUUUGAAUCAGGCCUUUAAAUCCGUUUUAUUUGAAUCAGGCCUUUAAAUCAGUUUUAUCUGAAUCAGUCCUUUUUUGUUUGGCUCACCUACUGGAUAUAUAAACUUGCUACCUGACAUUCUAGAAUGCCUGCAGAUUUCUGUAUGGAUAUUGCAAAAACACACAAUUUAUAGCUUGACAGGAUUAUUUUAUGACUGAAAACAUUUAUGACCAUCCAGUGUGAAUGCCUUUUUAUUUUUUCUUUUCUCACAAUGUUUGUGUUUCUUCAAGCUUGUAUAACCUUUUUAGUAAUUGUGUAUCUGAAUAAACAUAAUAAUAAUAAUAAUAAUUAUAAUAAUAAUAAUAAAUAGCCCCUUCAUUCAUAGGUUAGGCUAAGGGAAAUAAAUAGUUCAAGUAAAUGUGUGUGUGUGUGUGUGUGUGUGUGAGAGAGAGAGAGAUAACUCCUGCUCAUAUACCCACACUUGAUUUUUAAUAAAUGUAUAAAACAUUUAUUUUCAUAUGCAUGUUACUCGGUUGUAUGUUAAUGU